CAUGUGCAUGAGCUACAAUACCUGCAGUCACGUGCCUGGUGUUCUUAUGAGAUGACUACCACCAGUGCUAAACUCCUAAAGCUUGCACUUCCGCUUAUUAAAACCCAUGGGUUUACCCGAGAAGCGCUAUCCAUGUCGGUGCUAUCCCUACCCACACUACCAGCUCAUCCUCUCCCGGACGCGAGCGUGACUGCGCUGUUUGGCCCAGGAGACGACGCGUGUAGGACCCUCGUACAUGCGUGGCUUGAUGAUGCAAAGCGUCGGAUGAAGGAAGGGGCGGUAGAAAAGAUGGGAAUGGGAGAUGUGUUGAAGGCGAGGCUGAAGAGCAACGAACCGGUGCUGCAGCACCUUCCAGAGGCAUUUGCUCUCCUCGCUUCAUCUUCCUCGUUACUUCUACCUCUGCUCCCGGUGGACCCUGCCCCGAUAAUAAAACACGCUGUUCAAGUCUCUAACCAGGCAUGCUGGAUCGCUCAUAGUGACGCGCGAGAGUUAUCUUGGUACACCCGCCGAGCAUCCAUCUCCGCCUAUCUACCUCGCCGCCGAACUUCACCAACUGACUUCCCCAAAGACAGCACCAGCAUUCUUGGAUUCGCUCCUCGAGAAUGCUGAGCAUGCGGGAAAGGCUUUGGACGAGACAGCUUUGUUUGCAAGUUAUAUUUGGAAGAGCUGGAGAGGGAUUGUGAGGAGUUCUGGGGUGUUGGUUUGAUUCUGAGGUGUGUGGUUUUGGACGAGAUACCGAUGUUGCUAUUGCAUGGUCAUAUAGUGCGUUCCUAACCACUACAUCCCUGAAGUCAAUGCAUGAUGCGAGUAUUGCUUCUAACCAGGUAUAAGUAAUUUAGAUUGAUUAUCAAUAUGAUAUAGUGCGUUCCUACCCCCAUCAUAUCCCUAUCAAACGUCACUCGUCCUAACAGUACCUUGCAAAUAUCAACUGCUUGAUGAGAUUUUGCA